UGCGCACACUGCAUCGGUGCUGAUGCUGCGCGCGGGGGGAGCGCGAGCAGAGGAGCCGGGGAUGCUUUGAUCUUUGUGCGCGCGCGCGUUUCUCUCUGUGUAUAUCAGACCCAGACAUCUUCCGGCCUCGCGCUCACCGGAGCGGCACACGCACGCGGAGCGGCACACGCGCAGAGCGGCACACGCACGCGGGGAGACCCGGAGACGCGGAGCGGGACCAUGGAGGAGCGGGUGGAGACCCCGGGGGCAGCCAAACUGAUGACAUCACCAGCCUCCGAAAAGAAACUUCGCAACAAUGGCCACACCUCCCCCGCCCACCAGCCAGCAAAUCACGGCAGCCCUGUAGCUGUUAAACAGACUGAGAUGCUAACUCCUCCAGAAAAGAAGGUGCAGACCAAUGGACACGCCUCACCUGUUCGCCAUCCAGCCAAUAACAGCAACGGCCAUGCAGGUAAACAGUGUCUGGAGGGAUACCUGAAGACAGACGACAGGAUGCGGCUGGCGAAGGAGAGACGGGAGGAGAGAGAGAAGAGUCUGGCGGCGAGGGAGCAGGCGAUACUGGAGAAGGAGCGUCGGGCUCGGCUGCAGUAUGAACGGACGGUGGAGGAAAGGUGGAGGCGGUUGGAGGAACAGAGGCAGAAGGAGGAGCAGCGAAGAGCCGCCGUGGAGGAGAAGAGGAGGCAGCAGCUCGAGGAGGAAAAGGAACGUCUGGAGGCUUUGAUGAGGAAGUCUAUGGAACGUAGUCUUCAGUUGGAGAACCGGAACAAACGCUGGACCUGGGGACCCAACGGAGGAGUACAGGGUGACUGGGAGAAUGCCCCUUCCCUCUCUGCUGUCUCCGCCCUUCCCCAUGACCUCGCCGCUCCCUCUGCUGCUGCCAGCGAAUCAGGCAACGUCCAGAACGGUGGGAUCUCUCUGGAGAACCUGACGCUCCAUCGUCUCUGCACCCACACACACUCCUCAAUCGCCCGCUCUAACAGCGCCGCCAACCUGUGUGUGCCCUGCCCACGCUCUGCAGUGCCCUCAAGUCCCCACAGGUCUCCGUACCGUGGGUCGCCCAGCCGCCGCCGUGCCAACCUGACCUGCGCCGAGGAGUCCGGAGGCGGCAUCAGCACCCCACCCAGCACCCCAAAGAAGGAGAGCUUGAGGAGAGAGAGGCGUAUCGGUUCUCCAGGUUCUCCUGCUAGAAGAUCUGAAUCUCCAGCGAACAUCGUCCGCCGCUCCGCUUCACCCUCAACACCAAAGUUGACUCAUAAGAGUCGUAAUCAAUCUCCUGUGACUGUCCGUCAUUACCCACAAUCCCCUCUGAGACACAGACCGGCCACGCCCCUCGCCGACGGCAACAAGACCUCCAACGACAAACAAGGUCAAGAACCUGCAGAUAAAAAGCAUCUAAAAGCUGAUGAAGCACCAAAAUACAGUCCCAACAGUGAGAACCGAGGUUCUGCUAAAGCAGCGUCCAGUACAGGAACUCAGGAAACAGGAAACUGUAAAACAACAGAAAACAACCACGGAGUUCCUGAGAUAACGAAGAACCACGAGAAGAAGAAUCCGCCCACAGGAACCGCGGAGAACCACACCCCCAACCACAGCAGUAACCACGCCACUGCGGCGAAGAACACAGACUCGUCUCCGCCCCCUGGGGGCCGGACCGGCGCCGGGACCACCAGCGCUGAGGAGGCGUCCCGACUGUUAGCGGAGAGACGGCGUCUCGCUCGAGUCCAGAAAGAGCAAGAGCAGCAGGAGAGGCUGAAAGUGGAGAAGCUGAAGGCUCAGAAGCGAGAGGAGGAGCGAGUCCGUGAGGAAGAGGAGGAGCGCCAGAGGGAGGAAGAGGAGAAGGAGAAGGAUGUGGAGCGUCAGCGGAUUGAGAGGGAAUUGAUGAAGCAGCAGGAGGAACAGGAGCGGCAGCAGAGGAAGAAGAGGAUUGAAGAGAUCAUGAAGAGGACGAGGAAGAGCGACGGGGAGAUGAAGAGAGAGGACAGCCUGGAGCUCCAGUCGCCUCCAUCCCACCAACUCUCCCCACCAGGUGAAAUCCAGGUGAACUUGAAGGUGAAUGGUGAGGUGAAGACUUCAUCUAGCAGUACCCAUAUGAACUCAAACAAGAACAAUCAGGUGAAGUCUCAGAUACCUGGACCAAUCAGCAAACAAAGAAGUACCGACAAAAGUGCAGAGAGAUCGGAGACACGUGAGAGAGCAAACACACCUGAACAGGUACAACCAAAGAGUCCCUCACCAACUGGACGCACAAACGUUGGGAAAUUUCCGGGGGAGAAGCUAGAGAGAGGUCAGGUUAAGGUGGACAGUGCACAGGUGAGAAAGGAGGCGUGUCCUGUAGGGAAGGUGCAGGUAACUCAGGUGAAGACAACAGGUGAAAGCAAUGCACAGAAGCAGGAGAACAACCAGCUUCAUGCAUCGGAGAAAAAGACGGAUGCUGCCAGAGCAGAUACACCUGUACUGGUGAAAUUACCUACUCAGGUAGAAGAACCUGCACGAGUCAAAUCACCUGUUCAGGUAAAGGAACCUGCACUAGUUAAAUCACCUGUUCAGGUAAAGGAACCUGCACUUGUUAAAUCACCUGUUCAGGUAAAGGAACCUGCACUAGUUAAAUCACCUGUUCAGGUAAAGGAACCUGCACUAGUUAAAUCACCUGUUCAGGUAAAGGAACCUGCACUAGUUAAAUCACCUGUUCAGGUAAAGGAACCUGCACUAGUUAAAUCACCUGUUCAGGUAAAGGAACCUGCACUAGUUAAAUCACCUGUUCAGGUAAAAACACCUGCAACGGUACCCUCUCACACCACGCCCAACCAGGUGAUGAAAAGCCAUGUGUCUGAGCAGGUAAAGGUUAAGUCUCCAACUCAGGAUCGCACUGUGAAGACUUCAGGUGGCCCUCAGGCGAACGGCCAGGUAAACCAGACAUCAACACAGGUGACAUCAAAGACAACAUCAAAAAGCAGUAGCCCCGCCUCCCUCCUGCCUCUACCUGUAUCGAAAAUCCCACCUCCUCUUAUUAACCUGCAGCCUGCAGAGAAAAGGGGUGGAGCAAGUGAAGAGUCAGCUGACGAGGUUCAGUCAAUGGAGGUCAGCCCCGUGUCGAAGGAGGAGCUAAUCUCUAUCCCCGAGUUUUCUCCGGUGGCGGAGGUCACGCAGAACGGCGUCAGUAACACCCGGGCGCUGGAGGACCUGCUGGACCUGACGGGUCACGUGGCGUAUCCCAGAAUGCCCCCUGCCUCGGCUCUGGGCGACUGCAACAAGAACCUGAUCGAGGGGGUGUGCAGCCCCAGCUCCGACACCAAAAUCAUCCCCACAAACCCCGCCUCCAAACUCAACAUUCAGUAAAGAGGGGGCGGAGCCAGGUAGAGGGGCGGAGCUUCCAGCGUGUAUGAUCAGAUGAUUGGAUGAAGGCGAGGUUCUUCACGGUUCUUCACGGUGGAUCUGACUGUUACUGAAUGUACUUUAAAAACAUUUACCCAUCAGCCCCACGCUCCUCAUACUGCAACACACACCGCCUCAGCGCUACGGACUGGAGUACAGGGAGGAUGAUGAUGAUGAUGAUGAUGAUGAUGAUGAUGAUGAUGAUGAUAAUAAUGAAGAUUGCUGGAUUGAAUGUGUUAUUUCUUCACCGCUAAAGCAGAGCGAGUAUUAGCUAAUAGCUAAUAGUGUGUUUAUUAGCUUUGGGUGAGUAUGUACUGUAUGUGUGAUGUAUGUGUGUGUGUGUAUAUAUGCAGUAUUCAUGUUUGUACCAGUAUUUCUGGCCAAAAUACUCAUGAUCUUAAUCUUUCUGUGGAGCAAUACCUUCUUAAACCAUAUUUUACUCUUUCCUGAGUUAGCCUGGAUAGAAUAGCGGACUAGGAAUGGUUCCUUUCACCUUUAAACGAAAAUAAAAGAGGUAUACAUCCACCCAGAGUAGCGUUAGCAGCAUUUUAGAAACCAUCUAUACUGUAUUGUAGUGGAUUUUAACCUGGAACGGUGUUAGAAAACUGUUCUAGACUCUAAGACUCUAGUUUUAGGGAAGAUAGAUCAUCUAUGAUAUCAUGCUAAUAGGCUAAAUCCUGCUAAAAUCUACUGCAUUGCAUUGUUCCGAGGCCGACAGGUUCGCUAAGUGCUUGUUUUCCUGACUGGUCUGCGUUUAGCACACUGUAUUUUACAUAAACUAUGAUUUUGGUUGAGUUAAGGAAUGAGUAAAAAAUGCUAACUAUCUGUUUAAGCUAACAAAAAAAACAAAAGCGCAGUGAUUAGCCACCAGUUAGCAUCAACAUUAUCCAAUUACAGCCUAGCUAAUCAGUCAGGCUACUCCAGUACAGUAAUGGUUAGCCACGUUAGCCAUGUUAGCAUGUUUUGUUGAGCUAUUCUUUCACAGGGACUACAGCUGGUGAGGAUGCUGCUCUGUAUUACAUACAAUAAGAUACUGAAUGCUAAUAAAACACGACGAUAGCGCUACUACUAGCCUCCAGGUUACUAUAGUGUUCCUCCUGAGUGAUUUUCCCUUAAAGUGCUUUAAAAUGUUCCACAACCCAAAGUAUUCCUGCAAAACUGGGAAACGAAGCUUUUCAGACGCUUAUUUCUGCUGUAAACUUGGUAUUAAAUUAAUUCAAGCUAAACUAUCUCCUUACUCCUCUACUGGGCUUCCGUAGCUACUGAAACGAUGUCAGACGAUUAGCUUCAAGGAAAACUGUUAAAAAAUCACUUUUAGCUCCGCCUUCUCAUCGUAUAAUAUCACAAUACCUACAUUUAGAAACAAACACACUUUAAUAUCAGACAAAUAUAACCUGAGUUAAUAUAAAAAUCACUUUUUAAAUGAUAAUUUUAUUUAUUAAACGAGUCUUUCUCAUCUCUGUGGAGGAAUUUAUUCCACUCUUCUUUACAGAAUUACAGUUUUAAUUCAGACUCAUAGAAGGAUUUUCAGAGACAGUGAACUUGUGUGGGUUUGUGAGCUUUGGGUCAUUGUCCUGCUGCAGAACCCAAGUAAAGUACUGCUGAGCUUGAGGUCAGCAAGGAACAGAUGGAGGAUAUUUUCCUUAAGGAUUGUCUGUUAAAAAAGCAGAAUUACAGCAAGUUAUCCAGCAGCCACAGAUCAUCAUCACACUACCACCACCAUGUUUUACGUCAUUCAGUAUGAUGUUCUUUUUUUUUCUUUUUUUUUUAAAUUACGUGUUAGUUUAUAGUUUUACGCCAGAUGUAACAGAUGGACGCACACCUUCCAAAAAGUUCCACUUUUGUCUCGUCAGUCCUGUAAAGAAUAAUUACCCAGCUUUUAAACCCUUUUAUAUCCAUUUAUACAGCUCUGUAAAAAAAUAAGAGAGCAUUUAAAAAUGAUGAGUUUCUUUGAUUUUGUCAAAUUAAAAACCUCUGGAAUAUAAUCAAGAGGAAGAUGGAUGAUCACAAACCAUCAAACCACCAAACUGAACUGCUUGAAUUUUUACACCAGGAGUAAAGCAGCAUAAAGUUAUCCAAAAGCAGUGUGUAAGACUGGUGGAGGAGAACAUGAUGCCGAGAUGCAUUAAAAAAACUGUGAUUAAACACCAACCAGGAUUAUUCCACCAAAUAUUGAUUAUUUCUGAACUCUUAAAACUUUAUGAAUAUGAACUUGUUUUCUUUGCAUUAUUUGAGGUCUGAAAGUUCUGCAUCUUUUUUUUUGUUAUUUCAGUCAUUUCUCAUUUUCUGUAAAUAAAUGCUCUAAAUGAGAAUAUUGUUAUUUGGAAUUUGGGAGAAAUGUUGUCUGUAGUUUAUAGAAUAAAACAACAAUGUUCAUUUUACUCAAAAAUAAACCUAUAAAUAACAAAAUCAGAGAAACUGAUUCAGAAACUGAAGUGAUCUCUACAUUUUUUAACAGAGCUGUAUGUUAAUAAAGCUCUAAAUGUAGGUAUUGUGAUAUUAUACACUGUUGGAGGCGGAGCUACAGUAGUAUAACAGUGGUAUAAGUGUAUAAUCUGUGCUGGAGUGCGGCUGAUUGUAUGUGGGAGUGGGAGUAUAAAAAUACUCUAUAAAAAUACUAUAAACGCUCCGGAUUAGCAGGGAUCUUCCACUUCGGGUCAGAAGAGGACGACACCCAGCGUCUCAUCCCUUUUCUCCUCUACGCCAGUAAAGCAGUGUAUAUCAGUAAUUCUGAGAUUAUGUACGUUCUGUAGAUGAUGUGCAUGGGUUCCUCUCUCUGGCAUGAAUGGCGUGCUACGAUUAUAAUAAUAAAACUGAUUUAAACCCUUAA